AUGAUGACGAGUGUCUCAGGCAAAACAAUGUCGGAAUCGUUGUUGAAUACCAACGAAAUGACGCAGGACGUCGUAAUAGAUGCAUUGGUUGACGAAUCCGCAACGAAUCCGGAAAAUGAUGCAGCCGCGGAGGAGAAACCGAAAUGUGAUUGGUUGGGGCACGUCAAGCUGUGGGCUGCGUUAGGCGUCUGGUACGGGCUGAAUAUUACACACAUCAUGAUCUCGAAGUCGCUGCUGAACGUUCUAUAUAUGCCAUGGUCUUUAUGUGCUUUUGAAUUCCUCGUGGGUUGGAUUUUUGCGCCCGUGUUUUGGGCGACGGGGUUCCGUCCCUUGCCGCGCUUCCCUUCCGUGGCGGCUUUUGCAAAGUUGUUUAUACCCUUGGGUGUGCUUACCGUAUUACUUCAUUGCGGUACUAUACUUUCUAUGGCUUUGGGUACCGUGUCAUUCACUACCGUCAUUAAGUCGGCGGAGCCUGUGGCGACGGCCGCCUUAUCCAUUAUCAUACUGAAGGAUUACCUGAACAUAUACGUAUAUCUGUCACUGAUCCCUAUAGUUACUGGAGUGGCUCUGGCGUCUGCAAAGGAGCUUGACUUCCACGUUUGGGGCUUUCUCUCGGCCUUGCUGUCUAACGUCUUCGAGGCACUUCGCGCAAUUGUUACGAAGGGUCUCAAACCGGAUGAUGAGAGGUUCGGUACAAACCUUACUCCCACUAACACCUAUAUGCUUUUCACUCUGGUAGCGGGAAUUUGCUCUGUGCCUCCAGCGCUGAUUAUCGAGGCGCCCACAUGGGUGGAGGUAUGGGCCAAGGCAACCGCCUCCAUGACAAAGGGUGAGAAGGCUAUCGUUAUUGGCAAGUUCAUCGCCUGUGGUGUUUUUUACUAUGUCUACAAUGAUUGCUCGUUCUACUGCCUGGGACUCAUGAACCAGGUUACGUACUCUGUUCUCAACACCAUGAAGCGUAUAGCGGUGAUAGUAGUGUCUAUCAUCAUCUUCAAGAACACCGUGGAAGUUCUGGGUUAUGUGGGUAUGGCUACGGCUAUUGUGGGCGGUCUGUUGUACUCCCUCGCCAAGCAGGGUGUGUGUACGCGGCGGAAAGAAGAGACGACCGUUUAG